ACAAGAAGCAUAAAUAAAGAUAUUUAGAACAAUUUGGAAAUUUAAGCAAGAAGCUAAUGCGGCAAAAUGCCCAAUGAAAACAAGAGUUCGCUAAUAAACUCGCCUUUGGAAGCAUUUAAGAUGGCUUUAAUAUUUAUAUUUAUUGCCAAAGCUAACGCAGAUCGGCGUUUAGAUGGUGCAGCGACUUCUUCGGUUAUGAACAUGUUGACCCCGAAUUUGGAAACUCAUCAUAUUGAACGCAUUAAUGGAAGCAUCAAUUAUCGCUUGUAUGGUGGCAAGAAAGCUAAAGAGGAUAAACACUGGUUGGAUGGGCGUGGUCUGGGCAUGCAGCAUGUGAAAUGUGUACGCCAUGGCAGUUGUGAAAAAUUAAGUUUUUCUACAUGUUUGGGUGCUAAGAUUCCAUACGAAUAUACUAGUCUGGAUUUGACCACAUUUGACGAUCAGAAGGAUGUUGAAGAACACUUAAGGAAAUUUGAAGCGUUAAAACACGUACCAAAAUGCUGGGCAGUUAUACAGCCUUUUCUAUGCGCUGUUUUUGUUCCGAAAUGUGAACAAAUAAAUGGUGAAGAUAUGGUUUACUUACCUUCCCUGGAAAUGUGCCGCAUAACUUUGGAACCUUGUCGUAUCUUGUAUAACACUCCCUACUUUCCCGAAUUUUUGCGCUGCAAUGAGACACAUUUCCCUUCAAAAUGCAUCAAUGAUGUACGUGAAAUAAAAUUCAACUUAACGGGCGAAUGUUUAGAUCCUCUAGUAACCGCCGAAUCGAGCGCUAGUUAUUAUCCCUUAAUAGAAGGUUGUGGUGUACGAUGCAAUGACCCUUUAUAUACUGAGGAUGAACACCGUCAAAUACACAAAUUAAUAAGUUGGGUUGCAACAUUAUGCUUCUUGGCCAAUCUCUUCGUCGUUACAACUUUUUUCAUUGAAUGGGGAAACGCCAGUAAAUAUCCAGCUCAAAUAGUAUUUUAUAUUAAUUUAUGUUUCAUGAUUGUUUGUUGUGGAUGGUUGGCUCAAUUCUAUCCAGGAUCACGUGAGGAUAUUGUUUGCCGCAAAGACGGAACUUUACGUCAUUCGGAACCUACUGCCGGACAAAAUCUGUCUUGCGUGAUUAUUUUUGUAGUAAUUUAUUACUCGCUUAUAGCUGCGAUGGUUUGGUUUGUCUUUCUUACCUACGCUUGGCAUUUGCGAGCGGUAGGUAACUUUCAAGAACGAAUAGAUAAGAAGGGAUCCUGCUUUCACCUAGUUGCAUGGUCUUUGCCUCUUGUCCUAACAAUAACCACACUAGCUUUAAGUGAAGUAGACGGAAAUAGUACGGUAGGCAUAUGUUUUGUUGGCUAUCACAAUCACGCCACACGUGCUGGGCUACUCUUGGGUCCAUUAGUAGCAGUAAUUUUGGUGGGCAGUUACUUCAUAAUACGCGGCAUGAUUAUGUUAUCUGCUUUAAAACAAUUUGCAAAUGGUAUUAAUUCAACACUAGCCAGUAAUAAAAUUCACGAUAUAAUUGUAAGAAUGGGAUUGUGCGCCACAUUCACAUUAAUUUUCAUCUUCGUAGCCGUAGCUUGUCACGCUUAUGAAUUUCGUUAUUCGCAAGAAUGGUCAGAAAGUCUCAACGAGUAUAUUAUCUGCCGCAUUUUCUCUCCCUUCAGCGAACAUAUUCAGUGUAAAAUUGAAAAGCGGCCUAGCUUUUCGGUUUUACAAUUAAAUUUACUAUGUUUGUUCGGUUCGGGUAUAACCAUGUCUAUCUGGUGUUGGAGGUCAUCGUCGUUGGAUACUUGGAAGCACUGGAUACGUAAAAAGUGCGGCAAAACUGUUCAAGGGGAAGUUAAAAUGCCCAAACAUAAGGUUAUAGCACAAACUUGGGCGAAACGGAAAGAACUCGAAGAUAAGGGAAGGCUUUCUAUAACUCUCUGUAAUACCUAUACUGAUCCAGUGGGUUUAAACUUCGACGCUUAUGAUAUUAAGUCAUCGGAGACGGUGGAAAUCAGUUCAACAUGGGCUAAUUAUUUGCCGAAAUGCGUUAAAAGACGUAUGGCUUUAACGCUGGCUAACAAUAGCUCGAGUCAAGGACCACGGAAAAGUUCCUUAGAUUCAGAAAUCAGCUUCAGUGUACGUCAUGUUUCGGUGGAAUCAAGAAGAAAUUCCGUAGACUCACAGGUAUCGGUGAAAAUAGCUGAAAUGAAAACCAAAGUAGCCGCUCGUACAAGCACACGUCAAAGUGGUCACCACCAUCAUAGCAAACGUUCAUCGAAUAUUAGCAAACGUAAUCAAAAACGAAAAGAUUUUGUAGCCACUUCGGAACGCAAAACCCGAGGUCGUCGCGAAAGUAGCACUUCCGUGGAAUCACAGGUAAUAGCGUUAAAAAAAACUAUUUACCCGAGUACUAGUCAGAAAGUCGGAGUAUUUACCAAAAGCAGCACCAAACGGCAUGGCAGAGGUAACAGUAAACGCAGGCCUGGAAAUACCAAUACCACAGACAUUGAUGAGUUUCUGACCCAAAAUAGUCAAUGGAUCUUACCCCUUCUGCAAAAACGUACUUUAGAGUCUUCUUCGGAUGGCGAAAGUUCCCAUUCAGCGUUUAAAAUGCAGGACUCCUGCUUUGAUGUUAUGCUCAAGCACGAAACAGAAACAGAUGCCAAUAGAUCUAAUGAAGCUCUACAAAUUGAGGAAAUUUAUGAAGCCGAAGCAAAUAAUCUACACAAAAAACCCACGACAGUCGGGGAAUCAAUAGAAUUGCAAAAAUCUGAUGAGCAUUCAAAUCAGAGAAUUUCUCGGAAUUCUGUGCGUAGCAAACAAUCGCGAAAAUCUCCAUCUAAUGCAGCUUGUUCCUACACUAAGAAACGCAACCUCAGACGUCAACGCCACGUUAGUAAAUAUAAAACUUUAUUGAAAGUUAACGAUGACAAAGCUUUAUUGAAAAUGUCCGACUUGAAUUUGAAUUUACCACGUCAUCUCAGUUACGGUGCCAAUGGUGACAGUAUUAAUAUGAGUCAAUCGUAUUCGGAACUAAAUUUACCUCUCGAUGUUAUGCUUAAUUCGUCCUACUCGAAUUUAUCAACCGAUAAACCUAACUCCCGAACUAGCAAACUAAGCUGUGAUGUGGGAAUACAAACGAAUACUUAUGGAAUUGGUAACAUUUCAGAUAAUGAUGAUGAUGAGGAUAAGGAGAAUUAUGAUAAAGAAAGGAAAAAUCAUAUAAAAUUCGAAAAGGAGAAAAACAACGAAAAGCACACGUUGCUUAAACACAAGCCUAAAGAAACAAUUGUCAUCCUUAGUGAAUCGGAAAAGUUAAAAAUGUUAUUACUUCCUUCCAAAUGAGCAGAUGAUCCGUUUGUAGUUUACAUACCUAAACAAGGCCAUAAUUUUCUACUUUAUUAUUAUUAUUUUUUUUUAUUCGAUUUUAAUAACAAAGUACACAAAUAAGAAUACUCAUAGAAUUAACCAUAUAUACAUUUAUAUAUAUACAUAUAAAAGUAAUUUUUAAAUAUUUUUUUAAAACAUUUUUACAUUUAUACCGUAACCAUUAAUGUUCUAACGUGUUCGAUGUUCAAUAUGUGUCAAUUUUGAUAUCUUGUACACUUAUAACCAAAAGACUGUUUUGUCCACAAUUGUACAUACAUUUGAAUCGCAUUUAUAUUAUUGUAUUAUUCGCGUUAAAUUUGGUAUCAAAAUCCAAAAUCAAAGAACGCACACUUAUGUUAAAUGUAUUAAUUUACUUAAUAAUUACUAUGUGCCUUAACUAAGAAUUCUACC